AUGGAUAUCGGCUUCAUACAUGCCUUCCUUGCUUCUCUAUCCGUUAUAAUCGUCUCCGAACUUGGCGAUAAGACAUUUUUCAUCGCGGCUAUUAUGUCUAUGAGGUACUCGAGGACCACCGUUUUUAUGGGGGCCAUACUUGCUCUUGCUCUCAUGACUGUCCUCUCUGCAUUUCUUGGUUAUGCUACGACGAUCAUACCACGAUGGCUGACCUAUUACGUUUCCUGUGCACUGUUUGCAGUCUUUGGUAUCAAAAUGCUUAAGGAAGCUUACACAAUGGAUGCAAAUGAAGCACAAGAAGAAUAUGAAGAAGUUCAAAGUGAACUGAGAAAGAAAGAGGAAGAGGUGGACAAGCAGGCAAUGGUUGAUUUGGAGGCGGGCAUUUCAAGAACGCCUCAAAGACGACUCCUCUUUUCUUUCGUAUCCCGUGUAUUCCUUCAGUCAUUCACGCUGACCUUUCUUGCUGAGUGGGGUGAUAGAUCUCAAAUUGCCACCAUCAUACUGGCCGCCAGAGAUGAAGUAUCGGGUGUCAUAUUGGGUGGAAUUUUGGGACAUGCCCUUUGCACUAGUCUCGCUGUGAUUGGUGGAAGGUGCAUAGCUCAACAUAUCUCCAUUAAAUCGGUACAUUUCAUUGGAGGCGUGGUCUUCUUAAUAUUUGCCCUAUCAGCUCUCUUCAUAGAUCCAGAUGAUCAUUGAUUGGCUGACUAAACCCAUCAAUCCACCAAUCAUAAUUAUUUUUGUUGUUCCAAUAUUUUAUGAUUUAAUCGAAAUAAUGUUCUUUUAAUGUAAAUAUUCAAUGGAAAUUGAACAAUUGUUAGAUGGUGAUGAUCUUUGUCUCAGUUAUUUCAACUAGACUACAUUUUGGUUAUUGAUUUGUCAUUCAGUAGAUUGAUUGGUUGGUUGAUUGUAUUAUUAGUUGGUUGGUUG